UAUCGCAUCCGUAAAACGUAUCCGAUCCAACAUAGACGUCGCCUUGAGCCCCUGUUCGAGGAAGAGACGGAGAGCGACGAAGAGAAGACGCAGCAGGAUAGCGACGACGUCAAAAAGGGGGAAGCAACGACCAAUGGCCACUACCUAGAGGAUUCGGCUGGAAGUUCAGACGACAGCGAGGCAGCUGCAGUCCCCCAACCACAGUCACUAGUUCCAACAGCGGUGGUGCCGGAUCGGGAGGAGGAUCCAUCGGAGUUGGAGCUGGAGCAGCAGCAGGAGGAGCAGGAAUCGGACUCGGACUUGAGACAGGUUGUGAAAGCGGAGAAGGAAAAGCAGGAGGAGAAGAUGGUGGAGCACCGGCAUACGAAUGUAAUGAUGGGGCCACGGCCAUUGGUAACCACACGAUUGCUACCCACCACGGCCAUCGUAUCGGAAGUGGGGCCAUUGGUGGCCUCAUCCUGCGAGUAUCUGCUCGAUCAGCGCCCCUCGAGCGGAUCGAGCGGGUCACCAGGACGAGAUCGAGUCGCCGGCAGCAAUACGAGCAGCACGAUGCCAUUGCCACCUACUCGGGUGAUGCCAGUAGCGAUGACUAUCAAUACAGGGACAGGGAUCGAGAUGGGGAUGACAUCGAGGACAACGACGACGACGACAGCGAUGACAACGACGACUAUGGUGACGACGACGAUGACGACGACGUCGAUGACGAUGGCGAAUCGAGCUCCCUCAUCGAUUAUUACAACAAUCAGCAGCGGGAACGUCACUACCAACUCCGGAGGCAGAGCCAGCGGCAAGCCGCCGAGAUUUGUUCCACCGCCGCCGCCACCACGUCGCUUGCUGCUCACCCAGACCGAUCUAAGCGCUGCUCCGGUCAAAACGGAGCCACCUCAAAGAAAAUCUGGCGCUACUGCUGACAGUGGCUCCUCGGCGGCUGUCGGCGUCGCCGCCAGCGCUUUGGGCCCAAUCGGUAUCGAGUCAAGGAUAAUGCCAGCAUCGGCACCGAAUACCAUCAACUCCAAGCGAGUACCGUCCUCAACGAUAAUCGAGACCUGCCUGCUGGGGGCACCCAGGCCCGCCUCAGUCACUUCAUUAGCAACAGUCUCGAAGAUGGCAAAACCGAUUCCCACAGUCGAAUCCCAGCGGGAGAGGAAGUCUCGGGAGGAAGAGGUGCCGGUGGAGCAGGUGGAGCAGGAGGAGCAGAGCCAGAACCCAGUUGCAGCGGAGCAAGACGCAACCGGUCCACAUUCGGUGGCCGGUGUCCAAACGCCCCACGCUGGCUGCGGCCUAAGUCCAAGGCUGGAAAUGCGACUGGCCCUCAAUCACGACAUCCUAGGGGACGAGGACUUGAUUUGCUACGAGCCUGGUCCCGAUCUAACAACUAUUCUGGGGCACGACCUCUCCACAUUUCAUCGUCUGACGGGUCGCGAUUUAUUGAGUCGUUCAGCCACGAACCGAGUGCAGCCAAAAGAGGCUGUCAUAUCGUACUCUCAACAUCGCAACUCAAAGAUGGACACACCGACGGUGAACCGACGACCCCGACCCCUUUCAGCGGGCGCGGCCUUGAGUCACAGUCACAGUCGCAGCAGUCACAGCAAUACCAACAGCAGCAGUCACGGCAGUCCACUCGCCGCUGGUGGAUCAAUCCGUGCCGGAGAAGAUCUGGCACAACAACGGCAUCCGCAUCAGCCGGGACAUCCGGCGGGUUGGAGCGUUGGUGGAUCUGCGGCUCGAGCCGGAGGCAACGGGAACGGAAGCGGAGGCGACGUGAGCAUCGGCUCCAAAUCCAACAGAGACGGGAGCAAAUUAGGAGAUCUGGAAAUCUUAGCGAGACGCGAGAAGAUAUACUCCAUGUCUCAAUCGAGGAGUGGCUGUCGAGUCAGGGAGACAUCCACAAUGUCCACGACUCUGGUGGCGAUGGCUUCGGAGAUGCGUACGGAGAUGGAGGCGAUGGCGACACCGAUGGCGGAUUCAACGAGACGCGACUCUUCCUGGCCGACCCGAGCAGCUGCAGCAGCCUCUCUGACGAGGACGAGGAGUACUACUUCGAUGGACGGAGCGGGAGCCAUCACUACAACCACAACAAUGACUGAGGCAUUCCUUGAGACCGAUAUAGGCAGAUCCAAGCGAUUAAUAAACUUCAUUAAGCGUCGCAACUCUGAGAUAACCGCCAGUAGCACCACCAGCAGCAGCACUCCCAACUUCUCCGACGGCACCGUCCAGCUCGUCGAUCAGCAGCCUCAACCGAGCCACAGCCAGAGUAGCCUAAUGCUCCAGAAGCUGCCGUCCUCGUCGGGCCAGGACUCGGCGGCAGAGAUGGCCCAGAUGUCGCCACGAAAGGAUAACGACAAGCCAUCAUUGAACCGCCGCCUGUGGAAGCAGAUCACCAAACGCCGACGCACCAAUUCCGUGUCCCAGAUAGUCGCAGGCUAGGGGAAUCCCCGGAAGAAGCACUCACUCAAGCAACACCCACUUCCCUCCUCCCUGGAAGCACAUUCGUCCAACCCUCACACACUUAACAUAAUGUGUUCUAGAAGGGGUUGAAUUUUAAUUAAGAAAAGUAAAGCCCUCAAACAGAUUUGGAUCAGUGAUGAUGGGCCAUGAACGAUAAGGAUAACGAGUAACGGGAUAUUUGCACAGGGACAGGCAAAUCGAUAGAGACAUCUAUCUAUCGAUGGUGCAUAUCGAAGAAGGAAUCGGAAGACAACACUUAGUAGUAUAUUAAGGUUUUUUGAUACGACUUUGUAGCUAGCGAAUCCCCCGGAUCGCAACGAUCACGGGCAGCUCUAGGCGUCCAAAUUGCGUCCAAACAACAACAACAAGAAAACGAUAGAUCGACAAAUCGAUGUGAAUCGAUAAAGAUAUCGAAUCGAUACUCCUGCCAAGGAAGCAAAGAAACGAGCCAGUCCCAGCCAAAUAUGAAACAGACAACGAAUGGCAAUUACUUAAUUGGCAGAGAGAGAAAGAGGAGGCAUCCACACACACAACACACACUUGACACAACAACAAGUAAAACCAAGCACUCGGAAUCCAAAUCCAGCCAAAAUAAUGACUUAGGACUUAGGGGGCGUUCCGUACACACUGACUACAUAUAUUUUUUAAAAAACGAGACAAAGUCCGGCAUUCGUUAUUACAUGUAUGUCUUGUAGCUUUUAGCCAUUUCGGGUUUUUGUUGCGCGGGAUUAACAGUGUGAAAUUGCCUUACGUAUUCAAUGAACUAUUGUAUGGGUAGCUUAACGUAGUUGUCUUUAUACAUAACAUUUACUACUACAACAUUUACACUAACAUUUACAUUUACAUUAACAUUAACAUUAACAAUUAAAAUUAACGGCCACAGCCUCAGAGCAGUUAGUAGUAGAGUCAAAGUUAGAGCUAGAGUCAAAGUUGGAGUCAGAGUCUGUUGUCGGUAGUCGUAUAACAAUUUUAAGUAUUUAAAUUCCACGUUUUUUCUCAACUAUUUACAAGCGAAACUUUUUGCAUCAGUUAGAUCUUAUAUAUACAUCAAAUAUAUAUACAUAUUUAUAUAUAUGUGUAUAUAUAUAGGAAAUCUUGGUAGUUCAUUUCACAUUGAAAUUGUAAUUGAAAUUGAAAUCGAGAAAACACAAGCAACACACAAAAAUUUGUUUGUUUUGAAGCUAAUAAAAAAUUAUACGAAUUAAUAACAAACGAUCAAGUACAUUUAUCAGCUUUAAUAGAAAAUCUAAUAUAUGUAUAUAUAUAUAUAUAAAAAUAUAUAUACAUGGAUCUAAAUAGUUCUAGUUGUAGUUAUAUAAUUGACAUAUACGAAUUACUUUUGAAUAGUGAUCGCCGAUCGGGGUUAUUAGGCAUUUAACACUCACAUUCACACACUCACGAGCCAAUCGUUGCGUCUCUAGGCACCGUUUACAACCACGUGAGAGAGAUUGAUACCCUGUAAACUCCCAGAGUCCAUUAAUUUGCUCUCUCUUAAUAUUUUUUUGUCUUGGGGUAUUUUUAGCAGAGUAGUACGAGUACGUAUGAAUUUUCCUCUUGAAAUUCAAUAAGAAAUUCAAUUAUAUAAAGAAGAAAUUCCACAGAAAA